AUGAAAAUACCAUUAAAUCUCACGAAAUCAGAAAAAAAUAAAAAAACACUAUUAAUAUCCUAACCAAUUAUCUUUCAAUCAAAAGCUUCAAUUAAAAACGAUCUAAUGGCUGAUUACCUUCCUAAUUCAACAAAGACAAGCACUUUUAGAUCAAAUGAAACUGGCAAUUUUUAUAAUACUCAAUAUGGAUUAGGAGAUUAGACUAAACAAUUUAUGCAAAAUCAAGAGCAAAUCUAGUCACAGAGUAAUUUUAAAAGAGUGCUGAAAUAAGGGGCUGAUACGUUUGUCUUAAAGUAGUCAACACAGAAUAUUUUUGAGGAGGCAAAUAAUGAAGAGCGAAAAAAGUAUAUAGAUUAUACAGGAGGUCCUAAGUAUGAUAGUGAUAAGUAGGAUAAGGUGAUCAAAUAUUCAGUCGUUGGAUAUUAAUAGUUUCUAAAAAUUCAUUCAGAGAAGCAGAGACAAUAUCAGCGACUAAGGAAACUGUAAUAGAAUCCCUAGACAACAGAUGAUUCAAUGUUUGAUGAUUAACCUCCAACGAGAUCCAAUUAAUAGGCCUAAUCGAUAAUAAUAGAUAAACAAUAGGGUAGGAAAACACCAAAGAGGAGUAAAGCUGAAUAACGUUAUUUAAGUAAAAGAGAUUUGAAUGAGAAAGUGAGAGAAGCUGAAAAGCACAUUUAAUAGGCAUAAAUAGAAUAAGAGAAGGCUGAAGAGAAGCUUCCAUUUCAUUUAAGAAAUGCUAUUUCAAGAGAAGAAAGAGCAAUGAAAAAGUUUGAGAGCGUAAAGGCUCAUUGGGAAAAUGUUAAUAUCCAAGUGGCUUCUAAUUGUUAGAGAGAGCCAGAAUAAACAAUAAUGAGUAGAGCUGAUUAAUACAGAGAAAGAAACCAAAAGAUUUAGGCAAUCGAGCUUAGCAAGGGAGAGGAUGAAAAGAACAGUAGUAGAUAUUGGUAUCUAAAAUUAAGAUGGUAUGAUCACAAAGAUAAUAGACCCUAAUUUUCUUUACUCACUUAAUCAAUGAAUACUAAAUCUUGUCAGAAGUUUGAAAAUAGGUUAGUUAAUCGCUUUUUAUCAGAUUUUGAUGCUGAAAGACUUGCCUAGUAAUAACAGUUUGUUCUUUCUGAUAUUUAGGCUAACUUCAAUACAAAACUGAUUGAUAAUCCAUUCAAAUAGGUUGAAACUGUGAUAUCAGAUAACAAAAUUAAUGAGAUAGAUACUGCUUAGUCUCAAAAAACAAGGUUGUAUACUAACAAACUGGUUACUCUAUAUGAUCAGAAAUUGUAGGAUUAGCCAAAGAAAAAGUUUGUUGAUUGCAAGAAUUUUCUUUUCGUAGCAGGGGAAAGUUAAAAGGAGAGAGAAUAGAGAAUGUUAAUGAGGGAAACAGGAAAACAAUAUAAGAUGGCUGAAAUUCCAAAUGAAGAACCAGAAAUCAUAAUCAACACUUGGAAUAAAAAGAAUUUGGCAAAAUCUGGAGAAUUUAUGUUAUUUUGA